UGAAAGUGAGUUAGAUUCAUAAAGGAAAAUGAAGUCUGUAAUCAACAACAAUGGCAACAAUGGCAACAAUGACAACAACAAAAACAGUAACAACUGGUUGGGCUUCUCUCUUUCUCCUCAUAUGAACACUAGUUCUACAACUUCAACAAUGGAAGGUUCUCCUCCUUCAGAUGCCGCUACUCAGCCUUCUUCUUCAAAUCCCACAACUUAUUUCAACCUCCCUUCUCAUUUCAACUACCCAAAUAUUUACUGUUCUGGAGUUGAAAGUGAAAAUGCAAGUGGGCUUUACUCUGCUUUCCCUAUUAUGCCCCUGAAGUCAGAUGGUUCACUUUGCUUAAUGGAAGCCAUAACCAGAUCACAAUCGCAAGGAAUGGUUAGCUCAACUCCACCAAAACUUGAGAAUUUUUUUGGUGGUGUAACAAUGGGGACCCCUGACUUUGACAGAGGAGGAGCUACAAUGGCUCUUGGUUUAGAUAGCAGUACAAUGUACUACAACCAAAAUCCUGAUCAUGAGACUCUACAACACAACCAUAGGCAUCAGCAACAUCAGAUUCAACCCCAACACUACCCAGAUUACUCUGGCUUCAGAGCUUUGUACCAAACUGUACAACAAGAAGAAGUCAAGGAGGCUCAGAUUGCUGCAGAUAGUUGUAACCUUCAUCUACCAAGUAUUGGAGAAGAUGAUGACAUCAAUAGUAUGAAGAACUGGAUUUCAAGAAACUAUCAUUCUGGUAUUGGUGGUGGUGAUCAUGGUGGUGGUGGUGGUUACGGAGAUUUACAGUCACUUAGCUUGUCAAUGAGCUUUGGCUGUUCACAAUCACAGCAGCAAAUCAUACCUCCUGCUAAUGUCACUGAUUGUGUGGUUUUGGAUUCCAAGAAAAGAGGGUCUGAAAAAGUGGAUCAACAGAAGCAGAUUGUUCAUAGGAAGUCUUUAGAUACAUUUGGUCAAAGAACCUCUCAGUAUAGAGGUGUCACCAGGCAUAGAUGGACUGGUAGAUAUGAAGCUCAUUUGUGGGACAACAGUUGCAAAAAAGAAGGCCAAAGCAGGAAGGGAAGACAAGUUUAUCUGGGUGGUUAUGAUAUGGAAGAGAAAGCUGCAAGGGCUUAUGAUUUAGCAGCACUUAAGUAUUGGGGACCUGCAACUCACAUCAAUUUUCCGUUGGAAAACUAUGAACAAGAAGUUGUAGAAAUGAAGAACAUGUCCAGACAAGAAUAUGUAGCUCACUUGAGAAGGAGAAGCAGUGGUUUCUCUAGGGGAGCCUCAGUUUACAGAGGAGUAACAAGACACCAUCAACAUGGUCGUUGGCAAGCCCGAAUCGGGCGUGUGGCUGGGAACAAGGAUCUUUAUCUGGGCACAUUCAGCACUCAAGAGGAGGCAGCCGAAGCAUAUGAUGUGGCCGCCAUCAAGUUCCGUGGCAUUAACGCGGUUACAAAUUUCGAUAUAUCAAGGUAUAAUGUUGAAAAGAUCAUUGCAAGUAACACCCUUUUGGCCGGAGAACUAGCUAGGAGAACCAAAGAAGUAGAACCAUCAAACGACCUCUUAUCCGACCAAAUUACUCAAAAUGGUGAUCAACCCAACACCACCACGGCCGCCACCACCACCACCACCACCGCCAAUGCAACGGCCACCACCAACAUGUUGGACUGGAAAAUGGCACUAUAUGAUCAGAAUGCUACUACUGGAACUGGGCUGGAGGGAGAUGAUCAGUCCUCUAAACUUGGGACACAUCUAUCCAACGCUUCUUCUCUGGUGACGAGUUUGAGCAGCUCGCGAGAAGAUAGCCCGGAAAGAAACAACAACCUGCCGAUGAUCCUCGGAACGCCGCCGUCGGCUUCCAAGUUUCUUGGAAAUUCUAAUUCUAAUUCAUCAGGCACAUGGAUUCCAACAGGAACAACCCAACUGAGGCCUCACAUCCCAGUUUUUGCUGCAUGGACAGAUGCAUGAUAAUGGAACCAGAAAAAAAGAAAAGAAAUUGUGGGGUCUUUUCUUUUUCUUUGUUUUUAUUUUUUUCUAUAUGUAUUUUCUGAAGAAAUAUGGAUUCAUUUGAAUUGGGAAGGGGUAAGUAAGUAAAUUCAGUUCUGUAUGGGGGCUCUUGUAAACUAUAUGUUAACAAAGGUUCCAAAUUUUCCAA